AUGCCGGGCCACGUCAGCGCGAGACCCGGGGAGCCCGACCGCCACAGCGCGGGCCUCGGAGAGCACGGCUACGUCGGGUCACGCCACCCCGGGCCACGCCACCCCGAGCCACGCCACCCCGGGCCAUGCCACCCCGGGCCACGCCACCCCGGGCCACGAAAAGUCCGGCCACGCCGGGCCGCGACAGUGCGGUCCCCCAAGUGCACGGCCUGGCCAGCGCGGGCCGCGGAGAGCACGGCCACGACGGGCCACGCCAGCGCAAGCCCCGCAGAGACCGAACACGUCCGGCCAAGGCAGAGCGAGCCCCGGGGAGCACGGCCACGCCAGUCCACUCCAGCUCAGGCUCCGGAGAGCCCGGCCACGCCGGUUCACGCCAGCGCGGGCUGCGGAGAGCCAGGCCACGACAGCGCGGGACCCGGUGAACCAGGCCACGCCAGCGCGGGCUCCUGA